CAAGCAGAAGAAAAUCAUGGAAUCCAUCACUGUCCACCCCACCAUGCCCAACGAUAACAAAGACAGUAAGCUUCACAUUGCCAUGUUCCCAUGGCUGGCCUUUGGCCAUAUGCUCCCUUACCUCGAACUGGCCAAGCUUAUUGCCGGAAAAGGCCACAAGAUCUCAUUCAUCUCCACCCCCAGAAACAUCGACCGCCUCCCCCAACUCCCGCCAAAUCUCUCCACCCUAAUCACCUUCGUAGAGGUUCCACUUCCUCAGAAUCAGAACCUUCCGGAAGGUGCCGAGUCCACUGCCGACUUAGCCGAAGACCAAGUCCCGUAUCUCAAGAUAGCCUACGACUCUCUCCAAGAACCCAUCACCCAAUUCCUAAACAGGUCAAAACCAGAUUGGCUACUCUUCGAUUUCGCCCCAUACUGGGUACCGGAAAUAGCCAAUACUCUCGGGAUUCCGACGGCCUUCUUCAGCAUUAUUCUCGCCGCCGCCUUGUCCAUCGUCGGGCCCACCUCGCCGGAAAUACCUGCGGAUGACCGUAAGUUACCGGAGGAUUACAUCGUUCCUCCCAAGUGGGUACCAUUUCCGGCCACGGUGGCGCUUCGGCUCUUCGAGGUUCGUCGGCUCUAUACACGAGUAAUUGGAGACGAAACAAAUGUCGGGGACAAGUAUCGGUUUACCGAAACCAUGUGGAGCUGCGACAUGAUUGUUGUAAGAAGCUGUACAGAGUUUGAACCGGAGUGGUUGAGCCUUCUAGAAGAUUUACACGGAAAACCUGUUCUACCAGUUGGUGUGCUCUCCCCUAUGCCGAAAGCCGACGACGACGACGACGAAACUUGGCGGUCAAUAAAGGACUGGUUGGACCGGCAGAGCAAAAACACGGUGGUUUACGUUGCUUUCGGAUCAGAAGCAAUGCCGAGUCAAGAGGAAGCGACAGAAAUAGCCCUAGGUUUGGAGAAGUCCGGUUUGCCUUUCGUUUGGGUGCUGAGAACCAAACACGGUGAGGAUGCUGUAAUGCUGCCGGAGGGUUUCGAGGAGAGAAAUGAAGGGAGGGGAGUGGUGUGCAGGAGUUGGGUUCCACAGCUGAAGAUUCUAGCUCACGACUCGUUCGGUGUGUUUCUGAGUCACUCUGGUUGGAGCUCGGUGGUGGAAGCAUUGACUUUCGGAAGACCACUGGUAUUGUUGCCUAUGUCGAAUGACCAGGGACUUAAUGCGAGAUAUUUCAUGGAGAAGAAGGUGGGCUAUGAGUUGCCGAGGGACGAGGGUGACGGGUCGUUUACGAGUGAGGCGGUGGCGGAGUCGCUGAGGAUGGUGAUAGAGAAGGAGGAGGGGAGGGUUUACAGGGACAAGGCCAAGGAGUUGAAGCCGUUAUUUGGAGACAGGGAGAGGCAGAAUAUGUACGUGGAUAAGUUUUUGGAGUACCUCACAAUCCACAAUGGAUGUCGUUCAGCCUGAUUGCAUGAAGACGCACGUUAAUGCAUGAUCCAAACCCUAGCAAGGGUUAUGUUCGUACUUUGAUCUUUCUCUAAUUUUCUGUACUUUUAUGUUUCCUUUUGGAUUAUUUUGUUUAUUUGAAACUGUUUUCACUAUUGCU